CCCAAUAUCACAAGUCGAUCUUCACAUAAUUAAUCAAGUUUCCAACCAUGGCUUCAAGAACUUCAAGCCUCAAAUUCUUCUCACUACUAAUUUCUUCACUUGCCAUUGUUCAAAUGGCAACCGCAGACCCGGACAUUCUUACCGACUUCAUUGCCCCAAAUAAAACAGUAGAUGGAAACUUCUUCACAUUCACGGGAAUGCGUGUUCUUGUUGGUGGAGACGAGCCUAAAAACUUCACAGUAUUGAAGGCAACCUUGGCAGAGUUUCCUGCUCUCAAUGGGCAGAGUGUUUCAUAUGCCGUCCUUGAAUUCCCAGCUGGCACUACUAACCCACCACACACUCAUCCUCGCUCUGCUGAGCUCCUCUUCCUUAUUGACGGUACCCUUGAAGUUGGCUUUGUCGACACAAAGAACAACCUCUUUACUCAGACUCUUCAGACAGGCGACCUGUUUGUGUUUCCCAAGGGCCUUGUUCACUACCAGUACAAUGCCGAUUCACAAAACUCGGCUCUGGCAGUUUCUGCCUUUGGAAGUGCAAGUGCCGGAACUGUGUCAAUCCCUACCACUUUGUUCGCCACCAACAUCGAUGACAAUGUCUUGGCUUUGUCCUUCAAGACUGAUGUAGCCACCAUUCAAAAGCUCAAGGCUGGUCUUGCUCCCAAGCCAUGAGAAUAUAUAACGCCAGUAGUAGAACAAUUUGUUCUUCACUUGCUUCCUCUUCUUUUGGUUUUUCGUUCUUUAAUUAAUCUGCUUUGAAUAAUUAUCCUUGAAGGUGUUCAAUGGAUAUGUUGUCAACUAGUACUACACUAGUUAGCAUCCCCACACGUUGCUGCGGGUUUAUUAUUUGCCUGUAUCUGAUCAAUAAAAGCCAGAGAUAUUAGGUCUUUA